CUUGUGUCUUUGAGAACAUAUCAAAAACCUAAUGACAAAAACGCUGUGAGAUAGGUAGGAACUCAUACGCUAUAUCACACGCAUAAUACAAUUUUAAUUUUUAACAAAUAUUAUUGUGCCUGACUGCUUAUUUGUUUCUCUAUGUUAGUAAAUCACACUUUAAAAGAUUCAACAAAACGGAAUACUAAAAUGGUGAUAUUCAACGCAGAAUAUAUUCCAGAAUACAAAUGGAUAAUGCUCGAGUCAAAUUCGAAUAGUAACAGCACUACCUCUAAAGAAAUAUGCGCUUUAAAAUGUAAACCCCAGAAUAAUAUUCUAAAUCAGUGUCAUCAUAAUAAAAUUGAAACCGAUUUUCCAUCAAUAUUUUACUUAAUAAACUUAGUAGAAAAAAUGAUAAAAUAUAAUAACAAAUAUUAUGAGAGAAUUGAAAAAAGAAAACAGCAACAAAUCAUUGAAUUACAAGGAUUAACUAUGUUUUUGGAAGAUAUUUGUAAUGAUCUAAAAGAUUUAUAGAAUUUUAAUUCAUAGUAAUUUAAUAUGGCAUAGAUUCCAUAUGGUAUGAAUGUUAUGUUAAAAUACUUAAAUAUGUAGUUACUAUGUACAUUUUUUUUGAGUUAUUAUAAUAUAUAUUAUACUA